AUGUCUUUCCCAACUAGAGGCGGUAGAGGCGGUGCCCGCGGCGGCGCCAGAGGCGGAUCCAGAGGUGGCUUUGCUCCAAGAGGUGGCAGAGGUGGCGCCAGAGGUGGUGCUAGAGGAGGUGCCAGAGGAGGUGCCCGUGGAGGUGCUCGUGGAGGCCGUGGUGGUGCCAGAGGCGGUCGUGGUGGCGCUAGAGGCGGUGCCAAGGGUGGUGCCAAGGUCGUUAUUGAGCCCCACAGACACGCUGGUGUCUUCAUUGCCAGAGGUAAGGAGGACUUGUUGGUCACCAAGAACAUGGCCCCAGGUGAGUCCGUCUACGGCGAGAAGAGAAUUGCCAUUGACGAGCCAGCCAAGGAGGAGGGCGCUGCUCCUACCAAGAUCGAAUACCGUGUCUGGAACCCUUUCAGAUCCAAGUUGGCUGCCGGUAUUAUGGGUGGUAUCGAUGAGUUGGGUAUCGCUCCAGGCAAGAAGGUCUUGUACUUGGGUGCUGCCUCCGGUACCUCCGUUUCCCACGUUUCCGAUGUCGUCGGUCCUGACGGAUUGGUCUUUGCCGUUGAGUUCUCUCACCGUCCUGGUAGAGAGUUGAUCUCCAUGGCUAAGAAGAGACCAAACGUUAUCCCAAUCAUUGACGAUGCUCGUCACCCACAGAAGUACCGUAUGUUGAUUGGUAUGGUUGACGCUGUGUUUGCCGAUGUGGCCCAGCCUGACCAGGCUCGUAUUAUCGCCUUGAACUCCCACUUGUUCUUGAAGGACCAGGGUACCGUUGUCAUCUCCAUCAAGGCCAACUGUAUUGACUCCACUGUUGACGCUGAGACUGUCUUUGCCAGAGAGGUCCAGAAAUUGAGAGAGGAGAGAAUCAAGCCAUUGGAGCAGUUGACUUUGGAGCCAUAUGAGAGAGACCACUGUGUUGUCGUUGGUCGUUACGUUAGAAGCGGUUUGAAGAAAUAA